AUGUUCGCAGCUGGCGACGUCCGAGCGCCGAUGACGAGCCUCAUUGCGCUCACGCCGACGAGCCUCGACGUGCCGGUCCGGCGCGGGAAGCAGCUCAAGGCGGCCACGCGGUCGCAGUCGGAGCCGUCCUCGGCCGAGAAGGCGUCCCCAAAGCUCGACACGCUCACGAUUCCGUUCGACGACUGGUUCAUCAUGCCACUCUAUGUCUGUCCAACGCACGCGACCAAAGAUGGCCUCUCGGAGAGCUACCGCCACAAGGGCUCGUGGACCAAGCCCGAGCCGAUUCGCAUUGAGCAAAAGCAAAUGCGCGCGGCGCCGACGUCGUCGACGAUGUGGGCGGUGCCAUUUACGUACAUCAUCACGGUCAACAACGUGUCGCACCAGUUCAAGUGCGCGUGGAACGAGUACCGCGCGUACCAGAAGGCGCUGCUGGCCGACGAGAAGCUCGGGCCGCUCUACGUCGACGCCGUGCACUCGAAAUACGUCGAAGAGUCGUUCAAAGGCUCCAUGCGGCGCGCAAUUGCAUCCCUCGAGCGCAUGUCGGAAGAGGUCAUGGGCUGCCUCCACGCCAUUUCGCAACUUCCAGAGAUCGCGACCGAGCGCGCGUACCAGGAUCUGGUCGGGUGCCAGACCAACACCCUCCUCCACGAAGAGCUUGUCGCCGUCCUCGCCAAGGACCGCGAGACGACGACGUCGCCCAAGAAGUCCAAGACAAGGACAAAGACGGAGACCGACUCGUUCGAUGACAACGACGGCGUCAUGUCGGACGCGACCGACACGUUCGACGAGCUCCAAGAGUGCUUGUGCGACGUGUACGUCGAGGCUAUUGCGCUCUUUGGUGAGCACGUGCACUGCCGGCCGCGCCAGAUCGCGACGCGGUCGAGCGACGACGACGACCACGACGCCAAGGUCGAGGAAGUCUUGUGCAUGGACAUGCUCCGUACUCAGUGCAUGCUCGCCUUGUAUACGGACUGUCUCUUCACGCUCGAUAAGGAGCAGCUCACGUCCAGCACCAACUAUGCGCUCUGCACGAUCCUCGGGUUUGGCUGCCGCCCGCUCUUCACUGUGAAGCGCGCGACCAAGACCAAGUGGGUCUUGGCCGACGCGUCCAACCGCGGGCUCAUGACCAUGGCGCUCAAGCGAUAUGGCGCCAACCAGCCGAUGAUCGUCGUCUCGCGCGUCGUGCCGUCCGGCGCCGAAGAAGUCGUCGGCAUGUUCCGCAAGUCGUGGCGAAGGGGCUACCAGUUCAUCCUCAUGUCGGAGCUCGUGACCCAAGGCAAGCUCACGACGUCGUUUGUGUUCUCCAACACGGUCAUCCACGGCCAGCACCGGUACCUUGUCGGAUCCGUCGUCAGCGGCAGCGACCACGGCGACCUUCUCGUGACCGCGACGCUGUCCGUCUCGGACGCCGCCUUCCACAAGCAGCGCCUCCACGUCACGGACGGCAGUGACGUGCUUUUGCAGAUCGCGCUCUCGUGCUCGUACGAUUUUCUGGCGAGCGCCCGACCCUUUUACCGCAUGGACUAUCAUUAUUAA